AAAUAUGUCUUUAGUAGCAAACAGUAUUAAAGAGAUUAUAUCAAUCAAAAUUAAAUCAAGAAAUGAUAGUGUUACUGACCAAUACCAACGAAUUUUUAUGACUAAAAUUUGCAUUGUAUUUGCGGCGCUUGUUGGUGUAAAUUACUUUAAUGAUAAGGUUUCUUGCAUUAUAGCAAAUACAAAUGGAAUGAGCGAUAGUUUUGUAGGUGCAACAUGCUGGAUUCAAGGAUUUUAUGUUUUCGAAGAAAUGAUUACUAGAUUUGAAGAUUGUGGUUACUAUGGAAUACCAAAAAAUAUGGAGCACGACGGUAUUAAUAGUCUUGGUCAUUUAUGUGCAGUUAAUGAUCGUGCUUUAGGAAAGAUUUUUGGUUGUCAUCCAAUGAAAAAAAAGUAUUAUGACCAAUACCAAUAUAUGCCGUUUUUUAUAGCUUCCUUAGCAAUAUUGUUUUAUCUUCCUUAUGCAAUAUUUAAAAUCACAAAUAGUGACUUGAUGAGCCUUAAAGAUACAUUAAACAACAAGGAAGUAAAAGCUGAAGAUAUCGUAUCCGCCUACUUUAACGUGAAAACUAAUAGCAUAAGAAAAAUGAAAUUGCGAGUAGUAAUGACUGUUUGUAUCAAAUUUUUAUAUUUAUUCGCAAAUGUUGUUGCUUUUAUUCUUUGCGAUGUAUUACUCAACGGUGAUUUUCGUAAAUAUGGCUUAAACUAUGUUCGUUGGAUGCGGUCGCAUAGUUUUAUAGGAUUAACUAGCUACGGUUUAAAAGCACAAAUAGAGCCAAAACCAGGUUAUGUCCUACUCCCUGCUAUGGGAUUUUGUGAAAUUCACGAGGCAUCACGUGAUAAUAGAAAUUCUUAUAUUAACAGUCAUCGUUUUAUCUGCGAAAUUUCUCCGCAUCUAUUGUAUCAAUACGUUAUGCUAGUGUUUUGGUUUUUACUUGUUUUUGGAAUAGGUAUUUCUAUUGCUGGAGUAAUUGUAGCUAUGUUUGGAUACUUGAUCAAUUUUAUUUGUCUUUUGAGCAAAGACAGCCCUGCAAAAAAAAUAUAUCGUAUCGUGACAUUCAGAGAAAUAGAUUAUCUUGAGUGCAUUCGAAGAAAAAAUUUGCCUUUGUAUAGUGAUGUCCUCUACAGUUUAAAAGAAAAGCGCGUCAAAAAGACUAAAUAUUCAGAAAGAAAAUUCGAACAUUUUGCUUUUGUUAAAUCAGACCGCGAAUAAUAUAGGAAAAUAAUAAGUGAAAUCAAAAU